AAUUGAUCAGCUGAGCUGAGACGAGCUUUCGCAGACACAGAAACGUAUACAAAUGGGAGACCCAAGCAGAUUGCCAGAACCAACGAAGCCCGCAGAAGACAGGGUCGUCUGCUGCAUAGGAGACAUCCAUGGUUACCGCUCCAAGCUCCAGAGGCUCUGGUCUAAUCUCGAAAAACUUAUCGACCCACCUGCCUUUCAUACUGCUCUUAUAAUCUUCUUGGGCGAUUACUGCGACCGAGGCCCCGAUACUCGAAAAGUCCUCGACUUCUUGAUCUCUCUCCCUUCCAGAUAUCCUAACCAGACCCAUGUCUUCCUUUGCGGAAACCAUGACCUCGCCUUCGGAGGUUUUGUUGGGGUCCUUCCUCCACCGCCCGAUGGGUCGACUUUCGCCAAGACAUGGGAGGAGUUCGAGCAAAAUGAGGCCAGGGAAGGCUGGUAUAAGGGAGAUGGGUAUGAGAAUAUGCAUCUUCAGGGGAGGCGUUGGGCUGGCUCCAUUAAGGAGAAGUUUAAUGCUGCCAAAGGGAUGGACUACAAGGGUUCGAUCUACGACGCCGGCCCUACGUUCGAAUCAUAUGGUGUUCCCCACGGUUCUGCAGAUUUGGUUAAAGCAGUCCCCGAUGAACACAAGAAAUUCCUCGCUGAUUUGGUCUGGAUCCAUGAGGAGGACGACGUCUGCAUAGAUACUCCUGAAGGAAGAAAACACUGUAAAUUGAUAGCAGUCCAUGCGGGUUUGGAAAAAAAGAAAGGGGUUGAAGAACAACUCAAACUUUUGAAAUGCAAGGACACACGGGUGCCUAAAGUGGAGGCUCUUAGUGGGAGGAAAUGUGUUUGGGAAAUCCCGGAGGAGCUAACAAGAAGUCCAACUAUAGUAGUGAGCGGGCACCAUGGGAAACUUAACAUUGAUGGUCUUAGGCUGAUCAUUGAUGAAGGUGGAGGUUUUGAAAAGAAACCAGUGGCUGCUAUUGUUCUCCCUUCUGGAAUGAUCGUCCGUGAUACUGAUGACACUGAGUGACAACUCACAGCUCUGAUUUUGGCCUCGUACAUUAGACUAGUUUACUAAUUAUUGUCAAUAUGUUAACAAACAAUAAGUAUUAGCAUGGAGCAUGUUCUUUGUCAGCUGAUGAAGAACAUAUGCCAGUUCUGAUGUGUUUAUUGGGAAAUCUUUACCGAUAUCUAAGAUUACAAUAAGGCUUUGCUUCAUUUGGUGCCCUAUGCAGACAUUAAGCAUACUGCCUCUUAAGACGAUUUCAGAGCCUUGUUUUCACUGCUUUGAAUGCACUGUUCUGGAUUCAAAUGCCUUGUAUUUUC